AUGUCAGUGCUAUCACCUGAAAUCAAGUUCAACACUUCUAGAGUCAUCAGAAGUUCCCUAGAUACUUCUUUCACUUUUGAGAGUAGUUGGAGGAAGGCAGUUUCUGAAACACAAAGGAUACGGAAAGAAUACACCACAGCAUUUGGUCUACAAGAGCUCAAAGAGUGCGUCAAAAUGCCAUAUUUACCAAGAUUGCCAAGUUGUCAAAAACAUGCAAGUUCCACUCCACUCAAGGUUCAUCAAAGGCUGCUACGAGUGGACAGAGGAAUACCUCCACUCAGGAUCGAGAAGCCUAAGGAGACAUGCACCAUGCUACCACUUCAGGAGAGGUCAAAAGAUUCUGACUUCAGUGAUCCCCUCCCUGGUGCACCAUCUCAGUACCUAGAGAGACUUUCAAAAAUUGCAAUCCUGGAGUAUGAUACUAUUCGUCAGGAAACCAGAAAAUACCGAAAAAGCAAGCGACGAGAGCGACACGACUGCUGACACCUA